AUGAAAGGAGAGGGACAGAUGGAGAGGUCAGCGCAGAGCUGUGAGGACACCGGGCUCAUUAAGGGAAAUAGCGGGCACUUUCCUCCACCGGUGGAGGCUUUAUGUCGACAGGACCUGCAGUGGGCUGUCAGGUCCGGUGAGACCGGUGCGCAGGAGAAGAAGUCCGCUCCGAAUUGGUCCGGCGUUGAGCUGAGGCUGAACUCUAAGGAGACUGGACAGAUGCUUAUCAGCACCGAGAUCAAGUUUUACAAUUGCAGCGUCCACCAGCUCCACCAAGACAUGCCCACAACUACUGUGCUUUGGGGAUUAGUCAGAAUUUGCUCUCCCCUCAUCCCCCCCUCCUCCCUAUACCCAUCCUAUCGUUUAUUGGUUGCUGAUCCUGUAAAGUGCCUGUCAUGUGUGAACAGCGCCUUCCGCUGCCACUGGUGCAAAUACCGCAACCUGUGCACCCACGACCCCUCCAGCUGCUCUUUCCAGGAAGGACGAGUCAACACCUCUGAGUACCUGUAUGAGGGAAUGAGGAUCAGUGAGCUGCCCGUGGAUUUCUCAGUGGUGUGGAAUGGGAACUUCAUUAUCGAUAACCCCGAGAAUAUACAAGGUGGGAAAAACAGAAGCGCUCGCAAACAGCACGAGCUCCAGAUAAAUCACUUUUUUCCUGUCUUUCCGAUGGCGUUUUAUAAACCAACCUCAAAAGACAGCGGGCAGAACACUUUGAAAAAAAAAGUCAUCAUUCGCUCACAGUUUUCGGUUCCCCUUCCCUUCUCUGGCCCCACAGUGCACCUGUACAAGUGCGCGGCCCAGCGGGACAGCUGCGGCAUGUGUCUGAAGGCCGACAGGAAGUUCCAGUGCGGAUGGUGCAGCGGCGAGGGGCGGUGCACGCUGCGGCACCACUGCCCCCCCAUCAGCCCCUACGCCACUCGCUGGUUAAACCUCUCCACCAAGAACGUCAAGUGCACCAACCCCCGCAUCACUGAGGUAGGCGCCCCCAAAAUCAGCCCUCCACCCCGACCCUCAACGAUCAACCUGCACAGUUCUCGUCUGGACGAUGUCCAGUUUGUAUCCUCGACAGGGCUGGGCGGCACAGAAGGCACGGUGCCACACCGUGCCAAGGUCACCCCGGUGGCUGGACCCCCAGAAGGAGGCACCCGGGUGACCAUCUAUGGAACAAACCUUGGUCUGACUUUCUCUGACAUGGUGGGAAAUGUAGAAGUGGCAGGGGUGAGAUGCACCCCUGUGGAGGAGGGCUACAUCAUCGCUGAACAGAUCGUGUGUGAGAUGGCGGCGGCCCCCGUGGACAGCAGGCCAGGGCCGGUCCAGCUGUGCGUCGGGGAGUGCAGACCGGAGCUCAGGGCCCGCUCGGCGCAGCUCUACUCCUUCGUGACUCCAACAGUCACAGACCUGUCCCCGAGAAGAGGUCCGGAGUCUGGAGGCACUAAAGUUACCAUAAUGGGGGAAAACCUGGGUGCUGGCAGCAGUGUCAAUGUGCAGAUCGGAAACCAGACAUGCGAGUUCUUUGGAGGCGAGCCAGAGAGGAUGGAUGGAGCGCAGGUGUGCAAAGUGUUGAACACCACCAGCAUGAGCUGCUUCGCUCCCUCCCUGAUGGCAGAGUACCAUCCAGGCCUGGACACGGUCAAACACGCAGACGAGUUUGGCUUCAUCUUCAACAACGUCCAGGCGCUGCUGGUCUACAACAACACCAACCUCCUCUACUACCCGAACCCCUACUUUGAACCCCUCAGCACCAACGGGGUCCUGGAGCAAAAACCAGGCUCCCCGAUCAUUCUCAAGGGUAGAAACCUGACUCCGCCGGGCUCCGGAGGGGUGAAGCUUAACUACACGGUGCUGAUAGGAGAGACGCCCUGCUCUGUGACUGUGUCCGAGAGCCAGCUGCUGUGUGAGCCGCCCAACCUCACCGGACAGUACAAAGUCGUGGUCCAAGUUGGUGGUCUGCACGUGUCCCCCGGGUCUGUUCACAUCAUGUCUGACAGCCUGCUGACCCUCCCCGCCAUCGUCAGCAUCGCGGCAGGUGGCGGCCUCCUCCUCAUCAUUGUCAUCCUCGUCCUCAUCGCCUACAAGCGCAAGUCGCGCGAGAACGACCUCACCCUGAAGCGCCUGCAAAUGCAAAUGGACAACCUGGAGUCUCGAGUCGCCCUGGAGUGCAAAGAGGCCUUCGCGGAGCUGCAGACGGAUAUCAACGAGCUUACCAGUGACCUGGACCGAGCAGGCAUCCCCUAUCUGGACUACCGGACGUACGCCAUGAGGGUCCUCUUCCCCGGUAUCGAGGAUCACCCCGUCCUCAGAGAACUGGAGGUGCCGGGUCACGGCCAGCAGGGUGUGGAGAAGGCCCUCAAGCUGUUUGGCCAGCUCAUCAACAACAAAGUGUUCCUGCUCACCUUUAUCCGAACGCUGGAGAUGCAGCGCUCCUUUUCCAUGCGGGACCGUGGAAACGUGGCCUCCCUCAUCAUGACCGCCCUACAGGGCCGGCUGGAAUAUGCCACCGAUGUCCUCAAACACCUGCUGUCGGACCUGAUUGACCGCAACCUGGAAAGCAAGAACCACCCCAAACUGCUUCUGCGGAGAACAGAGUCUGUUGCAGAGAAGAUGCUCACAAACUGGUUCGCGUUCCUCCUUCACAAAUUCCUCAAGGAGUGUGCCGGGGAGCCCCUGUUCAUGCUGUACUGCGCCAUCAAGCAGCAGAUGGAAAAGGGGCCCAUCGACGCCAUCACCGGAGAGGCCCGCUACUCCCUGAGUGAAGACAAGCUCAUCCGCCAGCAGAUCGAGUACAAAACCCUGAUCCUAAACUGUGUGAACCCGGACAACGAGAACAGUCCCGAGAUUCCAGUGAAGGUGCUCAACUGCGACACCAUCACCCAGGUGAAGGAGAAGAUCCUGGACGCCGUGUACAAGAACAUGCCCUACUCCCAGCGGCCGCGCGCCGUGGACAUGGACCUGGAGUGGCGCCAGGGGCGGAUGGCUCGCGUGGUGCUGCAGGAUGAAGACAUCACCACCAAGAUUGAAAACGACUGGAAGAGACUCAACGCCCUCUUGCACUACCAGGUGUCAGACCGCUCCAUUGUGGCUUUGGUGCCAAAGCAGACUUCAUCAUACAACAUCCCCUCCUCAGCCAGCAUAUCGCGUACCUCCAUCAGCAGAUAUGACUCGUCCUUCCGCUACACGGGCAGCCCCGACAGCCUCCGCUCGCGCGCUCCCAUGAUCACUCCGGAUCUAGAGAGCGGGGUGAAGGUGUGGCACCUGGUGAAAAACCACGAGCACGGAGACCAGAAAGAAGGGGACAGAGGCAGCAAGAUGGUCUCGGAGAUUUACCUGACGCGGCUGCUCGCUACCAAGGGCACGCUGCAGAAGUUCGUGGACGAUCUGUUCGAGACGUUGUUCAGCACGGUCCACAGGGGCAGCACCCUCCCCCUGGCCAUCAAGUACAUGUUCGACUUCCUGGACGAGCAGGCCGACAAACACGGAAUCUACGACACAGACGUGCGCCACACGUGGAAAAGCAACUGCCUCCCGCUGCGUUUCUGGGUGAACGUGAUCAAGAACCCGCAGUUCGUGUUCGACAUCCAUAAGAGCAGCAUCACGGACGCCUGCCUGUCCGUGGUGGCUCAGACCUUCAUGGAUUCGUGCUCCACUUCGGAGCACCGCCUGGGCAAAGACUCCCCAUCGAAUAAGCUGCUCUACGCUAAAGAUAUCCCCAACUAUAAGGGCUGGGUGGAGAGGUACUACGCCGACAUCAACCGGCUCCCGGCCAUUAGUGACCAGGACAUGAACGCCUAUUUAGCAGAACAGGCCAGACUCCACUCCACAGAGUUCAACAUGCUCAGUGCUCUCAAUGAGAUCUACUCUUAUGUCAGCAAGUACAGCGAGGAGGUCACAACAACAAACAGCCCAAAUGAACUCCACAACUCCAAACUCCUUAUCUCUGUGCCACCACGGCUCACAGAAUGA